GCUGCUGCUCCACCCUCCCAUAAAUUCACUCUCAUCAGCCCUUUCCCGGAUCCGUUCUCUCUCUCUCUCUCUCUCUCUCUCAAAUAUUGGCCGUUUCUGCGCACGAUCCGCGUUCCUUCUGCGCUUACACGGAGGACAACACCAAGCGACGAAGGGAGAGAGUUCAUCUACGCCAAGAUGGAUCUGGCUUCCGAUUACAAGUAAUAAUCGAUCGGCGUCACAGUGCGAUCGGUUUUUCUCCUCAUUUCUUUCAAACAGGCCAGAGAUUCAAUUGCUCCAGAUAGUAGUUGAAUAGGCUAUGGCUGUCGAUGGCCUAGUAUCAUCUCCGCACCGAAGGUCACAACAGAGUGCACAGAAUGUGUUCUCAUCUUCAUCAUCUAGGAGGCAGUACUCAAAGGGGGAUGAACUGGAAGGCUGGUCAGCACUUGUCCAGCGGCAUCGCUUCCUCCUCACGGCCCUUGCUCUUCUGGCAUUUCUCUGUACAAUCUAUCUUUACUUUGCUGUCACUUUUGGAUCGGGUGAAUCAUGUUCCAGUUUGACAGGGAGUCAGAAAGCGCUGUGCCGUGCACAGCAGGCAAAAGCUGCCAUGUCCAAGGGAAAACUAAAGUUCUUUUAGCUUAUGGAUGGACGACUGCAUCUCACAUGAUAAAUGGUGGUGAUUCUCUCUAGAAAUUGUUUGUUUCUUUAGGUGUUUUGUGGCUUCUCAGGGCCGUCUCUUUGGUAACACACAUAUCAUAGCAGAAUUUUGUUCUAGGAAACUUGUGUAACAACCUCGAAUAAUAUUGUUGUUGUGGCAAAGCAAAGCUAAGUUUUUCCUGGUUUUCCAGGAAUCUUUUCUCUUUUGUUGCAGUUUUCCCGGAAUCAUUGUUAUCCUCAAGAAAGGAAUAUUUUUCGGUGA